AUGCUGCUUCGCUUGCUGCGUACAAGGUUUGCAACCUUUGCCGGCUCGUGCCAGGUGCUCGACACUGGCAAUCCCAUCGUCUACCUUUCGAACCAUCGGAGUUGGGGCGACUUUUGGACGGAUUGCGCACUCUUGGGAGGACCCUCCUUCAUCUCUCGUGCCCUCGUGGCGGUCGCCCUUCCUGGCACUGCACUAUGGGGACACUUCGCUGGAUGGCUGUGGUUUUUCGCGCGUGGCGCACACCACGAAGGAGGUGCAGUAGCGUGGAUGACGAACUUCCUGAGUCAGCGCAUUCGCAACUUUGCGUCAAAGGGAGUCCUUCUGUAUCCAGAGGGCACUCGCUCGCUUUUACCGGAGGGGCUGCCCCUCAAGGCAGGGGCACUCGCCGCAGCAUAUCAACUUGGUUGGCCGGUGCAGGUUGUGAUCACCACGAACAAGGAACGAGUCACAGCUGAGCGUAGCUUCGCCGUGAAUUUCGGGACUCUUUGCUCCACGGCCGUUUCAGCGCCAGUGUAA